CUGUCUCCUCUCUCCCAGCCACUCUGAACCAGCGGCUCAUGUAGAACCACGUAGCAGCAGCAGGCUUUGGAUUCUAACCAGCGGCAGCAGCGGCCGAACCGGACAUGGACCUCUUUGAAUUCGACUUUUUCAGGGACUGGGAGCUGGAGCAGCCGUGCCAUCUUGAGUCAGAGCGCAGUGCCCUGAAGAGGAGGGAGUGGGAGAGGAGGAACCAGGAGGUCCAGCAAGAAGAAGACUUGUUCUCAACUGGAUUUAACCUCUUUGGAGAACCUUAUAAAACUAAUAAGGGUGAUGCCUUGGCCAAUCGGGUCCAGAACACUCUGGGCUCCUAUGAAGAAAUGAAAGACCUGUUAACUAGCCACUCCAACCAGAGCCACCUGGUUGGAAUCCCCAAAGGCAGCACAGCAACCACAAACCAGCAGCAAGCGUCGAGCUCCUCUGCCACAGAAAGGUCGGCCAUGGAGUCCCAGCUGUUCAACGAGGCCUUAAGAGGAGGAGUGGUUGGAGGUGGAGGAACAGAAGGAAGUGGGGAAAAGAGGAUGGGAAGUGCCGCACCGUCUUCAUCGUCAGCCUCCAUGCAGCCGCCUGCAGUCAACACGUCAUUGUCAAACACAGCGGCGGUCCCGCAUCAGAGCUCAAAGAAGUCCAGGAGCUCCAUGGAGUGGUCAAAGGGAAGCCAAGAGACGGGCCUGGUUUUGGGUUCGGGAUUGGCACAGAACGGGCAGAACCCUGCAGCAGCGGCCGCCAGCAGGGGCAAGAUGGCUCUUUUAGAGGAACAACAGCUGCAAAGACACGAAGAGCUGUUCAGCUCUCUUAAAGAUGAACUGGGUCUGAAAGAGGAAUCAAGCCCUUCUUCCUCAUCUUCAUCCUCUUCCUCCUCCUCUUCCUCUUCCAGAAGGCACUCGUCCAAAAGCCAUCCCCUCCCAGAUGGUGGCACCUUUCGCUCCUCCACCUUAGAUGGUUGCCACUUUAAGUCUUCCUCGGCCGCAGAGAAUGGCGGACCUUUUAAAUCCUCCCCGUUCGAACAUGAAACAAGUUCCCACCUCUCUUUAUCCACUUCCCCGCUGGCUUCCACUUCAGUUCUGACUACACCCACACCUGGUCUGACCACACCAACGUCUGGUCUGACCACGCCCACUUUCCCGCCCGGCUGCCUAUCGGGGAAGCACGUUCCUGUUCAGCAGAAGCCUACGGCAUAUGUGCGACCAAUGGACGGCCAGGACCAGGCGCCAAGUGACUCCCCGCAGCUUAAACCCCCUCCAGUGGCAACAGAGGGGUUCACCAACAGCCAAAGCUUUGGAGGGACCUCUGGAAAUGUGAAGAAUAAACUGCCAAAGCUGAACCUCAGCCACACAGGAGAGGUCAGUCUGCCAAAUGACUCCAGCUGUGUGGAAGAAAUUUUGCGGGAGAUGACCCAUUCCUGGCCUCCUCCACUCACAGCCAUCCAUACUCCUGGGAAAGCUGAUCAGACCAAGUUUCCCAUCCCAAACAAGGAGACCCAGCAUGUGACCUCAGGCUACAACACGCAGAAGAGAUGCACUGUGCCAGCUAACAAGCCUGCUGCAAAACCAGCGACUGCACCUCAGAAGUCGAUGCUGGAGGAUGACCUGAAGAUCAGCAGUGACGAAGAAGAGGCUGAACAACAGGUAUCUGACAAGGCCAAAGCCAGAAGCGCUGCACUAAGUGGUGCGUCAGGAAGCAGCAGCGAAUCGGAGAGCAGCUCAGAGUCUGACACGGACGAGUCCGAAAGCAGCUCCAGUGACAGCGACUAUAAUCAGGCCUCCCGCACAAACACUCCAGAGCCGGAGCCCCCUUCUACUAACAAGUGGCAACUGGACAGCUGGUUGAACAAAGUCCAAGCUCAGACCAAACCUCUGGUUCCUGCACAGCAGGAGCAUCAUGGCUCAGGCUCCAUCAGCCAGGAUCCGCAGACAUUUUCUCCUGGGACUGAAGCACCAGGAGCGGGUUCAUCUGCUAAAACCAAACCCUGUGGGUCCAACGGUGCAACUGUUCCUGCUGCACCUGCAGUGGAGCACAAAGACAGCAGGGCUAACUUCUGCCCGGGCAGGGUAAAGGCCAAAGCCAAGCUUGGCCAGAAAGCCUCAGGGGAGGGUCAGAGGUCCAAGAUGAGGCUGUCGCCAGGCCUGCUGUCAGGACAGGAGGUCCCAGCCCCGAGGAGAAUCACCACCGGGAAAAAACAGCCACGACGGGCCGAGAGGUCAAGCAGCGUGGAGGAUAACCAGAACCAGCCAUGGAGCAGAGCGAACCAGCACAGCCCCGCAGCGAGAGAGAAGGACCUGUUGCCUCCUCCCUCCCUGGAGCAUCAGAACCCCCCCAGGCCGAGAGGGAAACCUCUCAGCGGGAAGACGGCCCCGAGGAAGGAGCCUCGCAGUGCUGCUAAUUCCAACGCCAACACAGCCGCUCCACCAGCAGCGCUGCAGCAGACCGCUGUGCCUGUUCCUGCUGUCACUGUGAACCAGGACAAGAGGAAACAUAGAGGUCCCAGCAGCAAAAUCACACCAAAGUCCAGAGAAUUCAUCGAAACAGAUUCCUCUUCCUCCUCGUCAGAAUGCCAGUCGGACGGCGAGGACGCCAACAAAGUCCCCUCUCUGCCACCCCAGGCAACACGCUCUGCGGUUAACACGCAGACGCUGGCCAACUCUCACAUCCAUACGCCUCUCCUUCCGUGCCUUGGCGUCGCUGGAGGCGCGGGAAAUCUGGGCGCGUUUGCAGGAACAGGACUUCGAGGCAAAGACGGCGGCGGUGUAACCACCAGCGGAAGCGUUGCUAACAACCUUCUGAGCGUCAGCAGCAUAAGUGCUUCUUUUGGGAAUUCCGUGCCGGAUCCCGGAGGGUCUGGCGGGCAAGGCAAGGAUGUGGAGCCCGUGUCCCCAUCACCAAAUAUUGGACAUGCUGCGGUUCUGUCCCCUCUGAGGGAAUAUCCUGAAGUUCAGAGUUUGUGGGUGAAAAUUGACUUGAGCUUCCUUAGCAGGGUGCCGGGGCCGGCUGUGAGAGAAAGAUCCAGGAUGGGAGCGGUGGAAAGGGACAGCAAUGCAGGGAGGGACAAAGAGAGGCAGAAGAUGGCGAAGGGGGAGAGACAGGAGGAAGAAAACGAGCGUUUAGUGAAGGACAAGGAAAGGCAAAGUGACAGAGACAGAUUAACAGACAGGGAGAGGCAGACAGACAGAGAGGACAGGUUUGCAUUUGGAGAAAGGGAGAGGACUGCUGCAAGGGACAGAGAGAAGAUUAGCCAAGGUUUGGGAGUGUUGGACCUCCCCCCUGGGCACGAGCAGAAUAAUCCCAGACUGGCUGGGAGGAUGGAGAGGGUGGAGAGCGGAGGUAAACACAGAAGGCAGGCAGCUGCAAACAUGGGGACUCCAACAGAAAAACACAUCAGCAAAAGCAAAAGGAAACACAAGUUGGACCAUGGCGAAUCAUCAGUCAAGUGUAAUAAGAAGCUACGUCUGGACAAAGACUGCCUGCUCCUCCCACCAUGCAUCUCUCCAAUACACAACCACAAAAGCAGCUCUGCUGACGGCUCUCUAAGCAGGAAGCAGACCCGACGACGUGACGAGAAGCUGCUGCCCCCCCUGCUGUCGCCGCUCUCCGAUGAGCCGCCACGCAAACGAGCCUGUGAAGGCGGCCCGUCACUCGCCGAGGAGGCCGGUUCUGUGGGGAUGCUGCCCUGCUCCACAUCAUCCGCUUCCUCCUCGUCCUCCUCGCACAGACACCGGAGAGGCGAGGGCAAGACUGCAAGAAACGGAAGCGACCUGGACUCUGGCGGCGACAAACCCGGCGCAGACAGUUACCAUGCCAACGGCCACUCUGACUCGGAGGUGUGGUCUGAGGCCCUGUUGGACCAGGCUGAACCAAGAAGACCAAGGCUGUCAUUUACUGACACAGUCCACAGUGCAGAGUACUACAUGCAGGAGGCAAAGAGGCUGAAGCACAAGGCUGAUGCUUUGACGGAUAAAUUCGGGAAAGCUGUGAACUACGCAGAUGGGGCCCUCUCCUUCAUAGAGUGUGGGAACGCCAUGGAGCGAGACCCGCUGGAGGCCAAAUCGCCGUAUACGAUGUACUCGGAGACCGUGGAGCUGAUCAGGUAUGCCAUGAGGUUAAAGAACUUCACCAGCCACUCGGCCACCAUCUUGGAGAAGAGGCUAGCAGUUCUUUGUAACCGCUGUCUGUCUCUGCUGUAUCUGAGGAUGUUCCAUCUGAAGAAAGACCACGCUGUCAAGUACUCGCGCUCGCUCAUGGACUACUUCAAGAAUUCGGCAAAGAGUUCCCAUCAAGCCCCGUCUCCUUGGAGGACCAACGGAAAGGUCAACGGCACUCCGUCGCCUCUCUCUCUCAGCCCCUCUCCCGCCAGCAGCGGAGGAGCGCCGGGAGGAGGCGGCGCAUCAGGGUCGUCUGGUAGUGUGGCGAUUCCCCAGCGGAUCCACCACAUGGCCGCCAGUCAUGUGAACAUCACCAACAACAUCCUGAGGAGCUAUGAGCACUGGGAGACGGCUGACAGGCUGGCAGCCGACAGCAGAGACUUCUUCCAGAACCUGGACUCGUUGAUGGGGCCUUUGAGUCAGCAGAGCAGUAUGACGGAGCUGGUGCGCUACAUCAGGCAGGGACUGCACUGGCUCCGCACAGAAGCUCAGCUGUUAUAAAACACUGAACAUAAGCUGAAAUAAAACAAAAAAUAACAGAAAGCAAAUAAAAGAAACGGGCCUGGGAACUAGAGCUGGGAUAACAGCUGCGACGAGACCCGGAAGGACGCUUCCCUUCCCACAGAGAUCCCUGCAACGACCCAGCUUUGCACACGGUAACUUAACGGUUUAGGCUGAGUCUGUUAAUCAGGCUGAAAUUCACCUGCAGUCAGCGCUGCACCGGAACAUAGACCAGCUCCUCAGUAAUGCUGCUUUUUACAGCAGCUGCAACAAAGAGUCAGAACAGGUGGUUUAAACUCCUGAGGAGACACAGCGCUCCCCCAAACUCUCCCUUUGACUCAGACUUAAAAAAAAGAACAAAAGGAGAGCAGAAAGUACAAAAAAAGUGAUUUUUACUGAGAUGGAAGGAUUGUCUAGAAGAUAGGUGAGCGGCAUUAAGGCAGCUAAAUGUGGCCAAAGAGCUCAGCAGAGGCUCAUCAAGCCCAGCAGAGGAGCAGAAAUGUGUCAGUGAUUGGGUCUGGAUUUAAAGCCUCAGGCUGAUAUUGAUCCAGCUGGGAAAGUAGCAGAACGAUCCAUCAGAUAAGGACCACACCAGUGGGGAGAAAGAGGCCGGGCUGUGACCCCUCAGGCAGAAUCAAAGCAGGCAGAAGUCAGUCCUCUACUUCUGUUUUAGUCCUCAGCGAGGAAUCCUCCGACACGAGAAGACAGGCUGAAGCCUGACUGCCGAGUGUCGUGUGCAGAGUUGCGGGAAAUGCUCUUUUCAGUCAGCAGCUUAAUUUCAAAUUUUAAAUUCACUAGAUAUUUCUUCAUGUGUUUCAAAAUAAAUACCAAGAUUGGAUGCAAAAACUGUGACCAAUCAGGGUGCUUCUAGAUAAAGGACAAAAAUAAGCAAAUUCCUGCAAAAAAAAAUGUUAAGGGCACGGUGCAGCAGGGGGCGACAUUUUUAGUCCUAAACCCACAAUAGGUGUUUGAUACAGCUUAUUUUGGUAUCAGUCCGAUACCCAGGAAAAACAGCAUCAACAAUAUCACUAUCAACACUGAUACCUUUUAAUGUCUAAGCAGGAUACCGAACUUCUGAUUUUAAAUGUUUUUGUGGUUUUAAUUUUGUCCAGCUUACGAACCGGGUUGAUCACAUGAUAUUUCUGUGAAAAACAGGAGAAAAAACAGCUAAUAAACCACAAAUAAAUUGUUUCAUCAAAUACCUUCAGGAUUUUUUUUAAUACUAACAGUUAAAAUGAUCAAAUUGAAAUAGAUGUCAGAUUUCAAAGAAUAAAUCCCAUUGUGGGCCUGUCCCUGUGUGCAGAAUAAAUGACUCAACACAAUAUGGAUAUUACCGAUAUUUGGAAUUGAUCUGCCCAUCGCUAAAAUCCACCAACCGUAGAUUUACGUUUCCUAACCCCUAAUGUUAGCCAAGCGUUAGACCUCGGGGGAAAGAAUAAACCAAAGGUGUUAAAUUAGGCUUGGGUAGUUAGUCCACUGACCAUUAGUUAGGACUUUAUUCAAAACUGCCAGUCUGAACUACAUGUAUUGUAAAAAUGGCGUCGCCCUUUUCCCUAUAGAAGAGAAGUGUUGUACCGAUACCGGGUAGGGUCCCUAUCUAGCACUAAAAUGGUGGUAUUGAUAUCGGCUAGUACCAACAAAUAGGGCACUGAUACCAUUUUGAGAGCCAAAAGUUUAUUCAACUAUUGUCACCCAUUCCAGGUAGGCAAUAAAAAGUUCU